AUGUUGUUCUUUUUUCUUUUUCUAACGUCUCCACUCUUUAUUGUUAUUCGUCUAUCACUUUCUUUUUUUCUUUCUACUUAUUGUUCUAUCGUUUUCUUUCUUUAUUUUUCAAUGUCUUCUCUAAUUAUUUGUGAUUCUUUUAACGUUUUCUUUCUUUCUUUCUUUCAUUCUUUCUUUCUUUCAUUCUUUCUUUCCCUUUUCACUACUUAUUGUUAUGCUUCUACGCUUUCUUUCUUUCUUUCUUUCAUUCUUUCUUUAUUUAUUUAUUUCUUAACCUUUUCACUACUUAUUUUUAUGCUUCUAUCGCUUUCUUUCAUUCUUUCUUUCUUUUUCAAUGUAGUCUCUAAUUAUUGUAAUUCUUACAUCGUUUUUUUUCUUUCUUUCUUAACGUCUUCACUAGAUAUCUGUGAUUCUUCUAUCGUUUUCUUUCUUUCUUUCUUAACCUCUUCACCACUUAUUGUUAUUCUUCUAUCGCUUUCUGUCUUUUUGAAUGUUUUCUCUAAUUAUUGUGAUUCUUUUAUCGUUUUCUUUCUUUCCUCUUUUAUUAACGUCUUCUCUCCUUAUUUUUCUAUCGCUUUCUUUCUUUUUUCUUUCUUUGACUUUUUCUUUCUUUCCCUCUUUCUUUGUCUAACUUUAAACAUUAAACUAACUUUACAUUCAUCUAUUUAUUUUAUUCCAUUCAUUCUAUCUUUUUUUUUACUCAUAAAUCUUACUGUCCAUCAUUUUCCCAUAUUUUUUUUCUUCCAUGUUCCUUCUUUCAUUUAA